GCAGAUUGCAGCUAUAUAACCACUUUUAUGGUGAUUUUAGGCUCUCUUUUUUCGGAUGUUACAGAAAGAUGAAAGCUUUAGAUGGGUUUUAGGUUUGGAGUUAUGGUAUUCUGAACUUCAGGAUAAGAUAGCAACUUGUUUAGAUAUGGGUUUUGGCUCAUUUUCGGACUGAGCUUGUCCUUGCUUUUGUGAUUUUGAUGUUUGCUUGUAGCUUUUUGGUUCCAUGGAGAAAAGAAGAAGACAUACUUGGUUUUUGCUUUUGCUGUUGUUCAUUCUUUGCUUUCACCAAACGACAGUCGAAUGCCAUGAAAGGUUCAUUAGACACCUCUCCUCCCAACCUCCUUCACCGUCGCGGUCCCCAGAAUUCAAGUAUGGACUCAAAAAGAUCAUCCUCAGCAUUGUAUUAGGGGUUCUGACUGGGUUAAUUGGAGCUCUUCUUUUUGCUUUCUUAGUCAAAUGUGUGGUUCAGUACAUGAACAGAACACCACUCCUCAAAGGUCCCGUUAUAUUUUCCCCUAAAAUCACUCCCAAAACUCUCCAAUCAGCUCUUGCAAAUGAGAACGAGUUGCUGGGGUCGAGCCCCAAUGGGAAGUACUAUAGAACGGUUCUUGACAAUGGGCUCACAAUUGCAGUCAAAAUCCUUGAACCUUUUGAUGCAGGGUCACCGGAGAGGAAAAACAAGUCUUUUAAGAGAAGAAUACAGCAGGAACUGGAGGUUCUUGCCAGCUUAAGGGAUAGAAAUCUGAUGAGUUUGAGGGCUUACGUUCGCGAAUCUAAUAGGUUUUCCUUGGUUUAUGAUUAUAUGCCCACAGGGAGCCUUGAGGAUGCUAUGAAUAGGGCUAGGGAAAAUCAAUUGCAGCUUGGAUGGGAGGUGAGGCUGAGGAUUGCAGUUGGGGUUAUUAAGGGUCUUCAGUAUCUCCAUUUUACUUGCGUCCCUCAGAUUCUGCACUGUAAUUUGAAGCCCACCAAUGUGAUGUUAGAUGCUGAGUUUGAACCAAGGUUGGCAGAUUGUGGGUUGGCUAAGCUUAUGCCUAAUAUGGAUAGGGCAUCUUCGGGAUACAGUGCUCCAGAGUGUUGCCAGAACUGCAGGUAUACUGAAAAAAGUGAUAUCUUCAGUUUUGGGAUGAUAUUGGGUGUUCUAUUGACUGGUAGAGACCCAAAUGAUCCCUUCUUUAGGGAAGCAGCCUGUGGAGGAAGUCUAGGGAGAUGGCUCCGGCAUUUGCAGCAGGCUGGGGAUGCAAAGGAGGCACUAGAUAAAAGUAUUCUAGGAGAAGAAGUUGAGGAGGAUGAGAUGCUGAUGGCAGUGAGAAUUGCUGUUGUCUGCCUAUCAGAUUUGCCUGCUGAUAGGCCUUCCAGUGACGAGCUUGUUCCCAUGCUAACUCAGCUGCACAGUUUUUGACAUGCAAGUAUGUUGAAGCUCGGGUCCCUUCAGGUUCAGGAAAUUGGAUCUUUUUGCGUAUCACUCUGAGCAACUAGAAUCCAUGUGGGCUUCUAGUCUUACGAAAUUGAAAGAGAAUAUUCAGUAUGCCCGUGCUGCCAUUCUUUAAUUUUCUGGCAUUGUUCAAAUCUAGAUGCGUUACUCAUCAUGGCAUGUGAAGUUAUGUACAUCACAAAUGCAAAACGAGAAUUCUAACUCAAAAAAGGUAAUUUGAUCUGAUACUUCAGCGACACAUCUGCGUUCUUAUGAUUUCUAACGACUGACAGUGGAGUGGUUUUCUUAGCUACAUUAUAUUGACAAAGCUUUUUCUAACUAACGGAUUACCCUAAAUUUACCCAGCUAUCUUCAUCUCUCUUAUUUUUUGGUUGGAUCUUUGAGAGUGGGCUCUUUUUUUUCUGCAUAGAAUCCCAGUUGAUUGGGGUGAAGUGGGGUUUUGAUGUUUUGGUAUUUGGAUGUUGCCUAUUCUUUAGCUUAUUUAAACUUUUAACUUCCAAGACAUUCAUAUUUUUCUGUUUUUAAAGCUCUUGUUAGUGGAGCCAAAAUUAAAUUAGUCUGUCUUUGCCAAAGUUGUGUGACUAAAUUUAUCCAUAUGAAAUUAUGGAGGCUACAAAGAAGGAAGCAAAGGCCUGUGGUGGGGAUGCGGGUGGAUGGAUGCUAGGGGAUAUACUAAAACUGAGGGGCUUUUAUUUAAGCGGCAGCUGGGACCAAAACCAAAAGCAAAGCAUGCUUCUCAAGGGUGAGUUCAAAAGGCAUGGGGUAGAUGUGUCAUGGCAGCAAGGAACUGUAAUAUUACCCCUUACAGCUCACUUGAGACGAUGCUUUUAGCUUCUAGUGGUUAUGUAGAUCCUUUCCUUUUUCUUUGGGCCCUAUACAUUUUUCCAAUAUCAAGAUUUUCCAAUAGAAUAAGGCAAAGUAU